CACGUCUCGAGACCACCGGCGCAACAUGGCGGUUAAUGGCGAUGCGCAUCGGUGUUUGACGCGGUGUGGACGGUGCAUUCGAUCAUCUUCGAUGCGUCGGCAACGAUCGUGACUGGCCGGGGAAGAAGUGGUCAUCGGCGAUACGUGAGAGAAUCGAAACGUACCGUCUGUACGCGACACACGUGCACCAGACGCGAGUAACGCGAUCGACGAGGAUCGACGAGGAUCGACGAAGGGGAACUGCGAGCCGUGAGCCGUGCGUGUUGAGCGCGAGGCCAAGAUGUCCAAGCCGGACGAGAACGCGGACACCGGCGACACCGGGGACAACUCGAACGGGUCCUCGGCGGAGACGACGUCGUCGAGAGGCGGCGAUUUCGAGACUAAGCUCGAGACGGAUCGUAGUAAGCGGUUCGAUUAUCUGCUGAAGCAAACGGAGAUAUUCUCGCAUUUCAUGACGAACAAUCAGAAGGACAAGGCUGGCAGUCCGUUGAAGAUCAAAGCUGGCAGACCCCGAAAACAGCCGGAGAACCCGGUAAAGUCGGAUUCCGGCGAUCACAGGCAUCGUAAGACAGAGCAGGAGGAGGACGAGGAACUGCUGGCGGAAAGUAACGCCAAUGUGGCGCCCACCACGCGCUUCGAAUCCUCUCCUCACUACAUCAAGUCCGGUGAGCUGCGCGAUUAUCAAAUACGCGGCCUAAAUUGGAUGAUAUCUCUCUACGAGCACGGUAUAAACGGAAUCCUGGCGGACGAGAUGGGUCUUGGUAAGACGCUACAGACCAUCUCUCUGCUGGGAUACAUGAAACACUUCCGAAAUAUUCCUGGCCCUCACAUCGUUAUUGUUCCAAAAUCAACGCUGGCCAAUUGGAUGAACGAGUUUAAGAAGUGGUGUCCCAGUCUCAGAGCUGUUUGCCUGAUCGGAGACGCAGAGACCAGGAAUACCUUCAUCCGAGACGUGAUGAUGCCUGGGGAGUGGGAUGUAUGUGUCACUUCUUAUGAGAUGGUUAUUAAAGAGAAGUCUGUGUUUAAGAAAUUCAACUGGCGCUAUAUGGUGAUAGACGAGGCUCACAGAAUUAAGAACGAAAAGUCCAAGCUGUCAGAGAUUCUUAGGGAAUUCAAGACUACCAAUCGGCUUCUCCUCACCGGCACGCCGCUUCAAAACAAUCUCCAUGAAUUGUGGUCCUUGCUGAAUUUCCUCUUGCCUGAUGUAUUCAACAGUUCGGAUGAUUUUGACUCGUGGUUUAAUACCAACAGCUUUUUAGGUGACAAUUCUUUAGUUGAAAGAUUACACGCGGUUCUAAGACCAUUCCUCUUGAGACGCUUGAAAUCCGAGGUGGAGAAAGGACUCAAACCCAAGAAGGAGAUCAAGGUGUACAUCGGUCUAAGCAAAAUGCAGAGAGAAUGGUAUACCAAGGUAUUGAUGAAAGAUAUAGACAUCGUGAAUGGCGCGGGAAAGAUCGAGAAGAUGAGGCUGCAGAAUAUUUUGAUGCAACUUCGAAAGUGCUGCAAUCAUCCGUACCUGUUCGAUGGCGCCGAGCCUGGACCGCCGUACACCACCGACGAGCAUCUUGUUUACAAUUGCGGCAAAAUGGUGAUACUCGAUAAACUGUUGCCCAAGCUGCAGCAGCAAGAGUCGCGCGUUCUGAUAUUCAGCCAGAUGACAAGAAUGCUGGAUAUUCUGGAGGACUAUUGUCACUGGCGAGGCUUUCAGUAUUGUCGACUGGACGGCAAUACAGCUCACGAGGAUCGGCAGAGGCAGAUAAACGAGUACAACGCACCCGGCAGUGAGAAGUUCAUCUUCAUGCUGUCGACCCGCGCCGGCGGUUUGGGUAUCAACUUGGCGACCGCCGACGUGGUAAUUAUUUACGACUCCGAUUGGAAUCCGCAAAUGGACUUGCAGGCGAUGGAUCGCGCGCACCGUAUAGGCCAGCAAAAGCAGGUGCGAGUCUUUAGGUUUAUCACGGAGAACACGGUGGAGGAAAAGAUCGUCGAGCGAGCGGAAGUGAAAUUGCGCUUGGAUAAGCUCGUUAUCCAGCAGGGACGAUUGGUCGACGCUAAGCAGACGGCGUUGAACAAGGACGAGAUGCUGAAUAUGAUCAGACACGGCGCGAACGAGGUGUUCGCGUCCAAGGACAGCGCCAUCACCGACGAGGAUAUAGAUACGAUAUUGCAAAAGGGCGAGGCGAAGACGGAGGAGAUGAAGCAGAAACUCGAGAGCCUUGGCGAAUCAUCGUUACGUAAUUUCACCGUCGACGCGCCAACGGAUUCCGUGUAUCAAUUCGAGGGCGAGGAUUACCGCGAGAAACAAAAAAUUCUCGGAAUAGGCAAUUGGAUCGAGCCGCCUAAACGCGAACGUAAAGCCAAUUACGCCGUCGACGCUUAUUUCCGAGAAGCAUUAAGGGUGUCAGAGCCGAAAGCACCAAAGGCACCGAGACCACCAAAACAACCGAUAGUACAAGAUUUUCAGUUCUUUCCUCCACGGCUUUUCGAAUUGUUGGAUCAGGAAAUUUAUUAUUUCAGACAAACAGUCGGUUACAAAGUCCCGAAGAAUCCGGAGCUUGGGUCGGAUGCCGCCCGGAUUCAGAAGGAAGAGCAGCGUAAAAUCGACGACGCCCAGCCGCUCACCGACGAGGAGAUCGCCGAGAAAGAGAAGCUGCUGCUUCAGGGUUUCACCAACUGGACAAAACGAGACUUCAAUCAGUUCAUCAAAGCGAACGAGAAGUACGGCCGCGAUGACAUUGAGAACAUAGCGAAGGAGGUCGAGGGUAAAACGCCGGAGGAAGUCAUGGAGUAUUCGGCCGUUUUCUGGGAACGAUGCCACGAACUUCAGGAUAUAGAUCGCGUGAUGGCGCAGAUCGAGCGCGGCGAGGCCAAGAUCCAAAGACGCGCCGGCAUCAAGAAGGCGUUGGACGCGAAGAUGGCCAGGUACCGCGCACCCUUCCAUCAGCUCAGGAUAGCGUACGGCACGAACAAGGGCAAGAACUACACCGAGGAGGAGGACAGAUUUCUCGUUUGCAUGCUGCACAAGCUCGGAUUCGACAAGGAGAACGUGUACGAGGAACUGCGCGCCACGGUGAGGUCGGCGCCGCAAUUCCGCUUCGAUUGGUUCGUCAAGUCCCGCACCGCGUUGGAGUUGCAACGUCGUUGCAACACCCUGAUAACCCUCAUAGAACGCGAGAAUCAGGAGCUCGAGGAGCGCGAGAGGCAGGAGAGGAGAAAAAAGGGCAGCAACGUAGGAACGAAGCCUACGUCGAAGCGAAAGCAGGAGAACCUGCCGGCGCCCCAGGACAAGCCGCGGAAAAAGAAGAAGUAAAAACGAUUUGGUGUGACAUCGACGACAUACAUUCUGGACUCUUAAAACUCACUUUUCACAGCUCCUACGCGUUGAUACUGACUGAAGUACGGACCACGGGUAUUCAUUAAUAGGACACACAAAGGCGCUUUUUUCUAUAUUUACAAAUUUACUCAUCCUCACCGCAAACGUACUCCAUGUGUGACUCCAGACUUAGUAUUUCAUAUUCCAUUGUAACGAGAUACAUUCUUAGAUAACGACUGCCAAGUUCAUCGGGCCUCAUCGAAUUGUUUGCAGCGACACGAAUCACCUUAAACAUUUCGCCGUAAUUGAUCUCUGAAUAUGAACUCGCAUAAUCGCGAAACUAGAUUAAUGCCGCAGAAUCGACGAUAGCUACACCGAUGGACUAGGUAGAACUUGAGACGUUGUUCGAGUGUUUUUCAUGUGCUCACGAAUGCCUGACUGCGAGAUGAAAAAUAGACAAAA